AUGAUUUCCAAAUUUGGAGUUUGUGGGGGACGUUAAGAGAAAAUGCAAACUAUCGGUAGGCUUCGUUUCGCUAUUCACAAGGGUUUAGUUUUUGGUAAAGAGUGUAAGAAUGAUGUUGGUCUUAUCUGGAUUGCUUCCAAUAAGGGUUACUGCUGUACAAGUGAUCCACAAGUAAGAGGAGUAAGGCAACUGUCUUCACGUUUGCAACAUUUGGCACGCUUCUCUACUUGUUCAGCUUUACAGCAACCCAUUUUGUUAUUAGAAAGUCCCUCUGUUUCUCCUAAUAGUGAAUUGUUUUUACCUUUCUGGCACAGAUCCUGUUUUAAAAGGUCCUUCUCAACAGAAGCUUCCCAAGAAAGCAAGCAAGAAGUCGUAUCUAUUAAAGUGCCACAAAUGGGCGAGUCUAUCAAAGAAGGUACUCUAAUCUCUUGGCAAAAGUCAGUUGGUGACACUGUGGAAAUGGAUGAAGUGAUCGCUCAAAUUGAAACGGACAAAGUCACUGUGGAAGUAAGAGCUCCAGAAAGUGGAACUAUUGUAGAAGAGCUGGUAAAAGGCGGUGAUACUGUUGCUGUAGGAGCUGAAAUUGCGCGCUUAAAACCAGGAGCUGUAUCAGAAGAAGUUGCAAGUGAACCAACAGAGACACACUCUGCAGCUGGACAAUCAAGUCCUGUUCCUAUCAAAGUCCCAGAAAUGGGAGAAUCGAUAAAAGAAGGAACUCUUGUAUCAUGGAGUAAAGCAGAAGGCGAUUUUGUAGAUAUGGAUGAAGUAAUUGCGCAAGUAGAGACUGACAAAGUAACCGUUGAAAUCAGAGCGCCUCAAAUGGGAGUUUUACAAAAACGAGUUGCAAAAGAAGGUGAUAGCGUCAAAGUUGGAAGUGAUAUUGCCAUACUUCAACCUUCUUCAGCACCUACUCAACAACAAGCUUCGAAGGACACCAGUACUGCAACUUCUCCUCGUCGUAGUGGUGGUGAAGUGAGUAGUAGUAGUAGUAGUAGCAGUCAGAAAGCAGAGUCGAGUGACUUAAAGCAACAACCAGAAAAGCAGUCGAUAUCAACAAGUACUUUAUCACCUCCCAAGCCACCAAAGCAAGUUGCAGAUUACAGUAAACUGAGUUCCGUAGAGUCGCAAGAGGGUGCAAAGAGGGUGGCUAUGACGCGUAUGAGGCGUCGUAUUGCGGAAAGAUUAAAACAAGCUCAAAAUACUGCAGCUAUGUUAACUACUUUUAAUGAAGUAGAUAUGUCAGCGUUGAUGGAGUUGAGGAAUAACUAUAAAGAAGCAUUUGAAAAGAAACAUGGCAUUCGUUUAGGCUUUAUGUCGGCAUUUACAAAAGCAGCGACAUUGGCGUUGAUGGAGCAACCUGAGCUGAAUGCCUAUAUUGACGGUAGUGAUAUUGUAUAUCAUGAUUAUGUGGAUAUUUCUGUGGCUGUUUCGGCUCCUACAGGACUUGUGGUUCCCGUGAUACGAAACUGUCAAAGGUUGAGCUUUGCAGAAAUAGAAAAAGCUAUCCAUACAAUGGGUGAGCAAGCAAGACUGGGCAAACUAACCAUACAAGAUAUGCAAGGCGGUACCUUUACUAUUUCCAAUGGCGGCGUUUUUGGUUCUCUGUUAUCAACUCCGAUCCUCAAUAUGCCACAAAGUGCAAUAUUGGGAAUGCAUACCAUUCAAAAAAGGCCUGUUGUGGUGAAUGACCAGAUCGUUAUCAGGCCUAUGAUGUAUCUUGCCCUUUCCUAUGAUCACCGACUGGUGGAUGGAAGGGAAGCAGUAACGUUUUUACGUAGAAUCAAAAGUUUAGUGGAGGAUCCUCGUAAAAUAUUACUGGACAUUGAUAUUUAACAUUCGAGUAAUGGGUUUGCAAUAUUAAGUUCUCCGAAACUUGGAAACUACAAUAAAGAGCCCUGUAAGUGCAAAUAUGGCUGCAAUAAUAUAGAGAAUGAGUUUGUU